UCGCAACCGUCCAAAGUGAUUACUUUUGGUUCGCACACACAAAAACUCACAAAUUAUUAACAUUAUUUUCUUUUCCCUCGUACCUAUUAGACGACCAUAAAAAUCCCUUCUCUCUCUUCUUCUUCUUCUUCUUCUCUUUCUCUCUCGACGGCCACAAACCCUUUCUCCCCAAAUCCCCCAACUCCCCAAAGCCCCACUUUGGCAGAGAAGAGAAGAGAAGCAAAGGAAGCUUACAAAGAAGGAGGGGUUUAUUUGUGGUAUUGGGUAAUUGUUGGAAAUGGAUUCAGAUCAGGGGAAGCUAUUCAUAGGUGGGAUUUCAUGGGAGACCACAGAGGAGAAGCUGAAGGAGUACUUUGAGAACUAUGGUGAUGUGGUCCAGACUGUGGUCAUGAGAGACAAGACCACUGGUAGACCCAGAGGCUUUGGCUUUGUUGUCUUUGCAGAUCCUUCCAUUCUCGAUAGGGUUCUUCAGGACAAGCACACCAUUGAUGCCAGAACGGUUGAGGCUAAGAGGGCCUUAUCAAGAGAGGAGCAGCAGACUUCUGCUAAAGCUGGAAAUCCUAAUUUUGCCAGGAACUCUGGGGGUGGUGGAGCUUUCAGAACCAAGAAGAUAUUUGUUGGAGGAUUGCCGCCCACUUUAAGUGAAGAAGGAUUCCGUGAGUAUUUUCAGGCUUAUGGCCAUGUAACUGAUGUAGUAGUGAUGUAUGACCAGAAUACUGGACGCCCUCGUGGGUUUGGGUUUAUUACCUUUGACACAGAGGAGUCUGUUGAUAGGGUUUUGCACAAAAAUUUUCAUGAUUUGAAUGGUAAGCAAGUAGAAGUAAAGCGGGCUCUUCCUAAAGAUGCCAAUCCUGGUGGUGGUAACCGUGCUAUGGGUGGCGGGGCAGGUGGUGGUGGUGCAGUUGGUAGUGGUUAUCAGAGCUAUGGGGUGUCUGGUGGCAAUCCAAAUUCAUAUGAUGGUCGAAUGGAUUCAAGUAGGUACAUGCAGCAACAGAGUACUGGGGGUGGUUUUCCUCCUUAUGGUUCUUCUGGGUAUAGUGCAGCUGGCUAUGGGUAUGCUCCUGCCAAUAAUGGCAUUAGUUAUGGUGGUUAUGGUAGUUAUGCUGGUGCCAAUACUGGCUAUGGUGGACCUGCUGGUGCGGCAUAUGGAAACCCCAAUGUCCCUAAUGCUGGUUAUGGAAGUGGUCCACCAGGUGCUCCUAGAAGUUCAUGGAGCACUCAAUCUCCAUCUGGAUAUGGUGCCAUGGGUUAUGGGAAUACUACUCCUUGGGGUGCUCAAAGUGGCAGCACUGGUGCUGCUAGUGGUGGCCCAGGGUCUGCACCUGCGGGUCAGUCACCGAGUGGAGCCACUGGUUAUGGGAAUCAAGGUUAUGGCUAUGGUGGAUAUGGUGGAAGUGAUGGGUCUUAUGGGAAUCCUAGUGGGUACGGUGCAGUUGGGGGGCGUUCUGGGAGUGUCCCAAAUAACAAUGCUGGUAGUCAAGGUGGGGGUGAUCUACAAGGGUCUGGUGGUGGCUACAUGGGAAGUGGCUAUGGUGAGGCAAAUGGAAAUUCUGGAUAUGGAAAUGCAGCAUGGAGAUCUGACCAAUCACAAACUUCUGGAAAUUAUGGCACUCCUCAGGUGAACGGUCCUCAUGGUGGGCAAGUUGGCUAUGGUGGGUAUGGCAGUGCUCAGGCCCGAGCUCAACAACAGUAAUUAUGAUGGCCACAAGUCCAACUGGAUCUUCAUCUUUGUUUCUUUACCGUGCGGGUCAUAUUUGUUUUCCAUGCCAAGCAGCAGAGGGAGAGGCGCAUGUUGUAUGUCAAUUCGCUUUGGGACCGGUUGGAUUGCUUGAUUCCCAGUAGUUUGCAGUAUCUAGUAUCUAUUUUGCUAGUCUAUAAUAAGUAGUAAUUUUGAGGCGUACUAGAUGCUCCUCAUAUUUAAUAUUUGCUUCUGAGUGUAGUCUUAAAUUUGGCGUGCUUAUAAUUCUCUUCUAGCUUAUCUGGAAUUUCUACUACUUUGUCGUAGUGUUUAAGCUAUGGUAGCUUCUAUAACCUUAUUCAUGUUGGUUUGAUUACAUUUGGUUAUUUUGUUGUUGGCAUUUAUUAGUGUUCUAGUUUUGUUUUUUUAUAUAGUUUUUACCAAGAAGAGAUGCUGUAGGAAAUAUAGUCAGUAGUUAUGCCUGAUUUGAUGUGACCAAGUAGGAAUACAGAGAUGUAGUGAAGUUUAUUUACUAAUAGCAGUGGAGCUAUGGCCACUUGGGUUGAUCACUUCGUAAUGGGUAGCGAUAAUCGUAGUGGUAGUUGACACUUUGACGAUGGCAUAAUCAUUUUCCUCCUGUAUUUGCCCUUGUGUUGUACAGGAGUGAUGCGCAAGGUCUAAAGUGGAGUGAAGUGUCCACUCAUGGCUGAACAUGAGCUUCAUUGUGGGGGCAGGGGGGAGUGUUCAGCGUGGAAUGGGAUUUGAGGACAUUGUUCAGUUGAAAUUUCAGAUUUACCUGGGACAGGUCAUUCUCCAGCCUGGCCAUGCCAACACUCAAAUUUUGCAGAUUCCGGGCAUUUUCAAGUCAUAGAUUUCCUAAUCUUCACUCGGUUGUGGUGGACUGUUGAAAUUUGUGAGGUGAGCUACUUACAGUAUGUUGACUUCAGGGGUUAGCUGUGUCUCACUUAUAAAUUCAUUGUGAUUUAAUUGAUUAGGCUGCCUUCUGAUGAUGUUUAGAGUAUCGGAGAACUUGUCCUUGUUAAAAACAAUUGCCAUAAAGUUUCAGAAUGAAUUAAAGGACUUCCAAUAAA